GAAGCCACGUUUCUAUGGCAACUUUGAAUCGUGUUUCCUGUGCCUACUGCCCUUACGUCACUUCCGGUAUUACCUGCGUUGUUACCGGGAGCGGUAAACAAGGUGUGCAAGCAUCUGGAGAGCUGUCGGGAUGCAGCAGAGCGGAGCGGCUGGAGGCCCUGGCUACGCUCUGUUUCCACUGCUGGGCAUCCUGUUCUUCCAAGGUGUUCACAUUGUCCUUUCCUUGGAGAUAAAAGUGGAUGCCCAUGUUAGGGGUUAUGUUGGAGAAAAGGUCAAGUUGAAAUGCAUUUUCAAGUCGACUUCAUCUGUCACUGACAAACUCACCAUAGACUGGACAUAUCGACCACCCAGCAGCAGUCGCACAGAAUCAAUUUUUCAUUAUCAGUCCUUCCAGUACCCAACCACAGCAGGCACAUUUCGAGAUCGAAUUUCCUGGGUUGGAGAUGUAUACAAAGGGGAUGCAUCCAUAAGCAUUAACAACCCUACCAUAAAGGACAAUGGGACAUUCAGCUGUGCUGUGAAGAAUCCCCCAGACGUGCAUCAUAAUAUUCCCAUGACAGAGCUAAUAGUCACAGAAAGGGGUUUUGGCACCAUGCUCUCCUCUGUGGCCCUUCUUUCCAUUCUUGUCUUCAUUCCCUCAACUGUGGUGGUGAUUCUGCUGCUGGUGAGAAUGGGGAGGAAGUCUGCAGGGCUGCAGAAGAGGAGCAAGUCUGGCUAUAAGAAGUCAUCUAUUGAGGUUUCAGAUGACACUGACCAAGAGGAGAGGGAUGACUGCAUGGCAAGGGUUUGUGUCCGUUGUGCUGAGUGCUUGGAUUCAGACUAUGAAGAGACAUACUGAUGAAAAUCUGCGUGACAUUAGAAGAAUCACCUACUAACAGAAAAUAUCUCAUUCCACUGGCAGCUAAAUCUUCUCAAAGAAGUGGAGCUGGCCUGGACAGUAAUGAUGGAGGUUUCUGAAAGUCAUAAGUAAAGACUUUAGGAACCAUUUAUUUAUUGAAGAAAUGUUCUUUUUGUAUUAAUAAACUGUUCAAAAGCUUUCAGAGGAGACUCAUACCUAUCCCUUUUAAUAACUUAUACUCUAAUUGAAUGAAGGCAUUCUUUUCCUGAACAGAAAGAUACUUUUUAUUUGAUCUUUGCUCUUGAAUGUAUUACAUGUUUUCUUCCAAUUAUUUGAGGAAGAAUUGGCCACACUUCUGAUGCCAAACUUAUUAUUAUUAUUUUUUUUAAUGAAAUGGAGCUUGUAGCUUCUUGAUGUGCUUGCUACCGGAUAAAAUGUUUGGAAUAAGGAUUCUUAGUUUUUUUGCUCCGUGAACAUUUUCAUCUGUGAGUUAGCACACAGCAUAUAUUCAUUGGUUUGAUUAUCUCAUUGAUUAUGUUCGAGUUUCUUGGAGUGUAUAACACUAGUUUCCUUAGAGCUGGUAGGAUCAAGAAUCAGUGGUUUGCUUUGAUUGGGUUUUUAAAGUAUUAAAGUGUCAUCAAUUUACAACUAAGGAAAGGAAGUGUGAGGUACAGGUGCAAUUUGCCAGGUGCAAUUUGUUACUUUACUUUCUUAAAGCUAACUGAUUAAUGGUUUCCUUCUUGACUUUUCAGAUCAGAGGCAAGAACUUUUCAAAAGGUUUUGUAUGGAUAUAUAGACUAUUUUACUAAUUAUUUGCAGUGAAAUGCUUUUUUAACCUGUGUUAUUCUUCAGAAAUUUUUUGACUCUAAAAUGUACCAAAUAUCAGUGAACUGAGGUAUUUACAAACUGUUUUUGCAUAACACUUGAGAUAAGGAAGUGAUGUUGUGCAUCACCUAUACUUUUCCUUUCUGGUCUCUCAAUACUUUAUAUCAGUUUCCUCUAUUUUCCUACAGCAACCUAUUUCAAAUUUUGAUUUAUAUGGGAAUUUCUAUAAGCCAUUAAGAAAUAUAUAUGACAUGUCAGGAAGGGUUGACAAUGUAGUCCUCUGUACUAGAGUGAUAAAGUUCACUUCUCAAUUAUGAGAGACAAAAGUUAUUCCCUCCCCCCAGCUUUGUUUUUUCAGUAGGAUAGUCCCUUUUCAUGGAUCUUCACUAGGUGGCUCAGGAGGUUUCCAUAUUACAGCAUUAUACAUUGUAUAUGUUAUUAAAAAACAACUUUUACAUUUUUUUGCCAACAUCUAUUUUUAAAAAUUUGGGUUGUUAGCUCUGUCUCAUGGAUUUGCCCUGGCCUCUUUUAACCUAGUCUGUAGAUUAGAGAUUCUGAUUAGUUAAUAGACAUGACUUACCUCUAGUCAUGGAAAAAAGUAGAAGAGGCACGACAGGAUUGGCAGUUUACAUUUCCAGUGGUUAAACCUCACAGUCUUGGGCUACUUGUUAAGUAUGUGGUUGUCUGGCGUCAAUCUUUUGGGCCAAUCUGGCACCUCAACAGAGACAAGAAAGCAGUUUGAGCGACGACAAUAAAUAAAUUGGGUGCUAGGAGAUUUGAAGAUAGAGAUCUAAUUGUGAAGCAGAGUUUUUUUGGGUCCCCAUUUAUCUGAGAAAGCGAUGAAGUUACGGGAAGCCAGUGAAAGCCACAUCCCAUUAAAUGGGGAAACAGUUUUAGCUAGGUUUGCUUGUAAUUUCCUUUCGGGCAUGUUUUGAGGAUUAAUACUGUGUGGUAUGUUUGUCACUUUAGGCAUAUGGUGCUGUGUGAAUCCUUAGUAGUGUAAUUUUGUAGACUUGAUCAUGAUUUGAACCAGUCCUUUUAAAAUGACUGAACAAUAGAGUCCUUCAUGGGAGGAGACUAAGUUGAUAAUUUAGUCUUGCUCCGUGGGUUUGUGUUCACGUCACAGUCAUAAGGCUGCUAUCAGUUUUCUUCUUCAUCGCUUAUGUUGAGCUCUUCUUCUUCUUCAAAGGAGCACAAAGCUGUGUUUGGACACCUGCUUUCUUGAAGGAUGGAAGGAAGAUAAAGUGUGUGUGUGUUUUUUAACCGUCUGUUUUAAUAUCUUCUAAGGUGCUAUUCUCUAUUUUUCUUUUCGCUGCUCCACGAGUUCUUAUCACACUGUAUGGAGACCAGCCUUGUCUAGAAAGGGAAUUUAAUUCUGAAGGCUUCAGAAGGGCUUAAAAGCCUUUCAGAAUAUUUCUUCGACUGCUGAAGUCUUUACUCAUGGUUACAUUACUUUAUGAGUUUUGUGCAUCGAGCUCUUAAUUCUGUUACCAAAUGUGAACUUUCAAAAUGCUUUGUGUUUCCCACGUGGCCUGUUACCUCAGGCUUCUUUGGGAACAGCUUCUCUGCAGAUCCCAAAUUGGGCACUGGUGCUUUACAAGGGAACGUUGCAUGUCCCUGCUUUAAAAAAAUUCUGGAGGCCAAAUCCUGAUUCUGAAUGCUCUGUUGUGUCACUCAGUUAUGGUUUCAUCGGGGAGCCAUAAAAAGAUCCAUAGGGAAUGGACCAAGACUAUCAUUUAAUUGCACAACUCAAAACUUGCUGCCAGAAAAGGCAGCUUUGGUCUUUUGACCCCAGUGUUGUACUGCUCGAUUGUUAAUUGCUGCGUUUCACUGCGUUCUUUUUGUUUUUUUUUUCUAGGAGGAUAUGCACUGUUGGGCCAUGUUCACAAGCAUUGUAACUCUUGAUAUUUUUACCAUAACAUACUUAAUAAACAUCUUUGCACUUUC